UUGUCCGUACAGGAAGUACACGAGAGUCGUCGUCCUUUGAAGUACAGUCAUCGACAGGACUAGACACUGGCAAUGUUCACACUUGAUGCAGUCCUGCUGGCAUUCACAUUGAGCUUCAUUGUGGAUCUUCAAUCUCGCCUCCUUGCCUCGUGCUUCGUGGUGUCGGGACUACCUGAGAAGAAAUUCGCACACCUGGGUGACGUCAACAUUGGACUUCUCAUGCCUCUCUCCCACUACAACAGCGCCGAGAUGGCUUGUAGCCACCAGAUGUUGGACCCUUCCUAUGUCCACUUGUCACAGAUCGUGGAGUACGCAGUCGGGGUGUGGAACUCGCGGGGCCUGCUGCCCAACAACCUGACCUUUGGCUUUGUUGUCCUCGACGACUGUGGCGAUGUCAACAUCGCUGCUGCGCAGGCCCUCACCUUCGUGCCGCAAACCUCCUGUCGCACUGCGGCCAAUGGCGAGGUCAGUAGUGACGUCACGGAGUCCUAUGACGUAGUGGCGGUCAUCGGGUCAGCCACCAGUUCACAGAGCAAAGCCGUGUCGCAUCUGCUGGGCCCUGCACGAGUACCUCAAGUCAGCUUCUUCUCCACCAGUGACGAGCUCAGCGACAAAGCUCUGUUCCCCUACUUUGUGAGGACCGUCCCACCUGACAGAUUUCAGUUUCAAGCCAUAUUCAGGCUGAUGCAGCAGUUCGGGUGGAGCUACGUGUCUGUCGUGUACACAGAGGGCAGUUACGGUGAAAACGGCUUCCGACAGCUGCAAAACCUGUUUGAGAAACAUGGAAUUUGCCUUGGGGCGGCCAUGAAGAUUGCAAUGGUCAUGACCGACCUCCAGGCUCAGGAGGUGGCGUUGAAGCUGGUGGAGAACAGGAACGCCCGCGUGGUGGUGCUCAUCACGUCCAGGGAGCACGCGCACAGCAUCAUCGCCGCCACCUCUGACCUGGAGGCUGCGGGUCACUUCAUCUGGGUGGCCAGCGACGCCUGGGCCAGUGCGGCGACCGCCAUGGGGGACCUGGGCCCGGCGAUGUGGGGAACCGUCACUGUUAGUCCUUUUGGGUCGAGUGUCCCUGAGUAUCACGAGUACUUCCUGAACCUUACUCCGAAGGACACGCGCAACCCCUGGUUUGAGGAGUUCUGGGAAGGGUUCUUCAACUGCUCGCUGCACAACGGAACGUGCAGUGCCAACCAAACAUUGCACGCUCGAAAGGGCGAACUGUCCUACAGCCGCAUCCUCGGUUACGUCGUUGACACCAUCGCCGUCAUCGCUAAUGCCACGGCGCGGGUGCUGAUGUCCCCGGCAUGUGCCGGACUCGCGGGGCGCCAGGCGCGCACGUGUGUUACGGGAACGAGGCUGUUGUCAGAGGUGAAAGUCACGCACGAGCAGGGCCUGACGGGGUGGUUGGAGCUGGAGGACAACGGCGACCGUCUGGGAUCGUACGUCGUCAGCCAGGUCCUGCCACUCCACGCCGCGGUGCCUGGCGCGCUCACGUCAAAGGUCGUCAGCACGUUUGACGCGCACUCCAAGACCUUCACGGAAGUGAGCGAUGUGGACUGGCGGUACCACACUCGCCUACAGGAGGAAUCGAACCGUCUUAACUGGAGUCUUUUCCCUCCCGAGUCUCGCUGCAGCUGGCCGUGCAGCAUCGGGGAGGCUCGCAUACCGCAGGAGGUGACCUGCUGCUGGUUGUGCAGGCCGUGUCGCCCCAACGAGCAUCUCGUUCUCAACGGCACCAUGUGUCAGACAUGUCCCACCUUCACCUGGCCUGACCCGGCCACCGGCUACAGCACGUGCUACGACAUCUCGCCAGACACGCCCACCUUCGCCAGCCUGAGGGGAGUGCUGCAGACGCUGGCGGCACUGGCGUGCUGCGCGCUUUGCCUCGCCGUCCUCGUCUUCUUCGUCCGUCACUGGAACUGCCGCAUCAUCAAGGCGUGCUCGCGCGAGCUGUCCCUCCUCAUGCUGCUGGCCAUCGGCCUGGGCUACGUCACCAUGGUCACGCUGCUGGCCCCUCCCAGCGAGGUGUCGUGUCGCAUCAACUACCUGCUCUUCUGCCUCAGUUUCGCCGUUAUCUACGGCUCGCUGCUCGUGCGCGCUCAGCGCAUUUAUCGCAUUUUUGACGCAGGUCAAAGGUCGACACAAAGACCUCGUCUGAUUGGUUCCAGCCACCAGCUGCUCUUCGCGGCAGGUCUUAUUCUGGUACAGGUGUUGAUCUGCAGUCUGAUAAUGAGUGAGUACGGCCCCUGGCACCGGCGGUUUAUGGCGGUUGCCAUGGAAGCGUACGUGGAGGUGAGUUGCGAGGUGCCGGCGGUGGGCCUGUACUCCUUCCUGGUGUACAACCUGCUGCAGGUGGCCGUCUGCUCGCUGCUGGCCUUCAAGACGCGGCGCCUGCCCGACAACUUCAACGAGUCUCGCUUCAUCUCCAUGUGCGUGUCCACCACGCUGGUCAUCUGGCUGGCCUUCGUGCCCGCUUACAUGGUGUCCGGCCGCGAACACCUGCGGCUGCUGAUGCUGGCCCUGGCCCUGGCUCUCAACCACAGCGUGGCGCUCGUCUUUCUCUUCCUGCCCAAAGUCUACGCCGUCCUCUACCUGCAGGACGCCGCUGACGUCACGGCCACUGCCAUGACAAGAGCAGGUGUGACGAUGACGUUGGCACGUCACGCGCAGCACCUGAGCUCCGUCACCGCAGUCGUGAGGCGCACAGUGACGACCACGUGAUCAGAAGCGGACAGGUGAGCUGUGGCCUCUCCUCAUCCUGGUGAAUGCCGGACUGUGACUGAUGUUAGGGUCAGCCACGUUUUUCAAGCACAUCAGACCUCAGCCCUGCCUGACACUCUUACUUGUCUGUAGGAGGAAGACGGCAGUGAUCA